AUGACGUCUGAAGAAGAUACAUAUGAUUUCAUCGUUGUGGGAGCCGGCCCAGCAGGCUAUGCUCUCGCCGCAUCUCUCAGCAGAGCAAAAUCCAAACCACGAGUCCUUCUCUUGGAAGCAGGCGGAAAGAACGACGAUGAAACAAAACGCGUAGAUGGAAAACGCUGGACAACCUUCAUGGAACCAACAAUGAACUGGGGUUAUAAAACAGUACCACAAGAAGGAUGCAGCGGUCGAGUAAUAGAUUAUUCACGCGGAAAGGGUCUAGGUGGGGGUUCGGCGAUCAAUUUCGGUGUUUAUACCGUUGGUGCAAAAGACGACUAUGACGCAUGGGGUGAGAAAGUUGGUGAUGAGGUGACCUUUGGAUGGAAGGCUAUGCAACGACGAUUUAAGGCAUUGGAAACGUUUGAUGGAAGUAUCGAACUUCCUGAGCAUCAGAAAUAUGCGCGUCCGGAUCCCGCGGAUCAUGGUCAUGAUGGACCGUUGAAGAUUGGGUAUGCGAAAGAAUGGGAGAAGGAUUUACCUCUUAUUCUGGAUUCGCUCGAGGAGUCCGGUCUGCAGCGGAAUUUGGAUCAUAACUCCGGGAAUCCUCUUGGGAUGGCAUUGAUGAUCAAUUCUGCGAGUGGAGGACGUAGAACCACAGCUUCUCUUUUUGAGCAGCGCCAGGAUUCAGAUUGGCCUAUCCCGAACUGGAUGAUAAUCCAUGCACCUGUCACUCGCACGAUCUUCCACAACAAGAAGGUUAUUGGAGUCGAGACAAGGAGUCAGUCUGGGUCUGACCCCAAGAUAUAUUAUGCUACAAAAGAAGUGAUCUUAAGCGCUGGCACCCUUGACACGCCUAAGAUCCUCAUGCAUUCCGGCAUCGGCCCACGCGAAGACUUAGAGAAGUACGGCAUUCGGGUAGUUCAAGACCUACCUGCUGUCGGCCAAGGAAUGAAAGACCAUUUCAAUGUGCCGCUCGUUCUGCGCAGAAACCCAGAAACCAAUGACCGUAACUCAUUCUACGGCUCAGAGGAAGCCAUGAGCGCAGCUUUGACACAAUGGAAUGAGGACAAGACAGGACCAUGGACGAAAUACGGAUGCCAAAUUGUAUGUGGAUGGUUCAAGUCCGAUAAGAUCAAGACUUUACCAGAAUUCAAGGAUCUGGAUGCAUCUGUUCAAGAUUUCAUGAACAGAGAGACAAUCCCGCAGUACCAAAUCAUCAGUGGAUUUCCAAUGCAUAUUAUGCUCCCUGAGUUGUUCCAAGACCAUAGUUAUAUCUGUUUGCUCGGUUUCUUGAUGAACCAGCAGUCUUCGGGUGAAGUACGCUUACAAUCAUCUAACCUUGAAGAUCCUCUCCUCUUCGAUCCUAAGGCUUUGACUCAUCCAUAUGAUCAACGGGCUGCCAUUGAGAUUUACAGACAUUUGCUUGAGAUAGCCAAGCAUCCCGCCUUUGCAAAAGACACUGUCUCCACCAUCCACUCGUCACCGUCUGAGUCGGAUGAGGAUAUCUUGCAGUACUGGAAGGAUAACACCACUUCCAGUUGGCAUAUGACAGGUACAGUGAAGAUGGGUAAAGAAGGGGAUGUUGACGCGGCAGUUGAUAACCGAUUCCGGGUAUUCGGAGUCGAGGGUUUGCGAGUUGCAGAUAUGAGUGUUGUGCCUGUGAUGACCAACAAUCAUACUCAGGCAACUGCCUAUGUGACCGGUGCUACUUGUGCAGAGGUUUUGAUACGCGAGUAUGCCUUGGAUGAGGAAUGA